GUGCCCUCUUGAGGAAUCCUUGAGUACUGCAGGAGCCAGGCUGGACAGGAGAAUAUUUUGCUCUGGUCAUCCAGCAGAACCAAUUACAGCAGAAACAGAUACAUAAGUGGGGGAGAAGAGGACAAAGAUACUCAGAGAGAAAAAGUAAAGGACCGAAGAAGGAGACUGGAGAGACCAGAAUCCUUCCAGCUGAACAAAGUCAGCCACAAAGCAGACUAGCCAGCCGACUACAACUGGACUCAGACCCAAAGACAUGGGCUUGUUAGAAUGCUGUGCAAGAUGUCUGGUAGGGGCCCCCUUUGCUUCCCUGGUGGCCACUGGAUUGUGUUUCUUUGGUGUGGCACUGUUCUGUGGUUGUGGACAUGAAGCACUCACUGGCACAGAAAAGCUAAUUGAGACCUAUUUCUCCAAAAACUACCAAGACUAUGAGUAUCUCAUUAAUGUGAUCCAUGCCUUCCAGUAUGUCAUCUAUGGAACUGCCUCUUUCUUCUUCCUUUAUGGAGCCCUCCUGUUGGCUGAGGGCUUCUACACCACCGGCGCAGUCAGGCAGAUCUUUGGCGACUACAAGACCACCAUCUGCGGCAAGGGCCUGAGUGCAACGUUUGUGGGCAUCACCUAUGCCCUGACCGUUGUAUGGCUCCUGGUUUUUGCCUGCUCUGCUGUGCCUGUGUACAUUUACUUCAAUACCUGGACCACCUGCCAGUCUAUUGCCUUUCCCAGCAAGACCUCUGCUGGUAUAGGCACUCUCUGUGCUGAUGCUAGAAUGUAUGGUGUUCUCCCAUGGAAUGCUUUCCCUGGCAAGGUUUGUGGCUCCAACCUUCUGUCCAUCUGCAAAACAGCUGAGUUCCAAAUGACCUUCCACCUGUUUAUUGCUGCAUUUGUUGGGGCUGCAGCCACGCUGGUUUCCCUGCUCACCUUCAUGAUUGCUGCCACUUACAACUUUGCCGUCCUUAAACUCAUGGGCCGAGGCACCAAGUUCUGAUCUCCCAUAGAAUUUCCCCUUUCUCUAAUAGCAAGGCUCUAACCACAUAGCCUACAAUGCUGCAUCUCCCAUCUUAAUGCUGCCUUUGCCACUGACUGGCCCUCUUAUUACUUGAUGAGUAUAACAAGAAAGAGUCUUGCAGUGAUUAAUGUCUCUCUGUGGACUCUCCCUCCUAUGUACCUCUUUUAGUCAUUUUGCUUCAUAGCUGGUUCCUGCUAGAAAUGGGAAAUACCUGAGAAGGUCAAUCCCCAGCUGCAAGUCACAAAGUAAUGGAGGCUCUAAUUCAGUUUCCAAGCAUCUCCUGAAGACCAGGAAGUGCUUUCUUCUCAAAGGACACUUCCUCUAAUGGAAACAAAGUAGGAAGAAAGAUGCUAAGGUAGAAGAGAAGGAAUGUCCUUGCUCCACUUGCCAUCAAUAGGGGACAAAUAUAUUCUCCUUGGUGUACAAACCAGAGAAGUCACUUCUUUCUCUAUUACCACUGAAGAUAAAAGGAAAUAAAAUGAAUGCUAGCAAAACAGUAAGAAUGUUUGCCCAAGUUUGCCUAUUGCAACUGGGAGAAGGGGGUCGAAGCAAGGAUCUUUCACCCUUAGAAAGAGAGCACUGACCCCCUGUGGCAAUGAACUAUUUAAGCCCUAACUCAGCCAACCUUACUUAUAGCAUAAGGGAAGGUAGUAUCUAUGUAGACUAAGGGGGUUAUCUGACCUUACACCUCAUUAGGAAGAGAAACAGGGUAGUGUCAACAUCUUCUUAUCCCCUGCUCCUGGAUAACAGCUACCAUGACAAUAUUAUGGUUUCUAAGGAGCUGAGAAUAGAAAGAAACUAGCUCAUAAGAAAGAAGAGUGGCCUAAGGAGCAGCAGUGUUGGUGGCUAACAGUGUAACUUGAGCUGGCCAUUUGGUAGAGUCUGGAUAGAUAACACUUUGAAUAGCAUGUCUUUUUUUCUGAUAAUUACUUGUGUACUCUGGUCUCUGUCAUAUCUUCACAAUGGUGCUCUUUUCCUGGGGUUUAUCCAUUCAGUCACAGUAGGUGAUUUGAAGAUCUUGAUUUGUUUCAAUUAAUGCACAUCUCACAUUUUCCAACUUGUUUCUCACUUGUUUGGGAUUGUAUCAGAAAGGUCUGCAGAAUGAUUCUUUGAUUAUAAUUAUUUUUUAAAAAGAAGGAAAUUGGACAAUAAGCAUCACAAAUGAUGUUUAAAAGCCACUAGUUCCAAGAAUCUGAGACUUUUUUUGCAAGUAUUCUGCCCUUUGCAGAAACAGAUUUGAUGAAUUUGAACCUCAAUUUGAAUAACCCAUUUGGUCAUUUUUUUCUGCCUACUGAAAGAUGAUUUUGCUUAGUGAUGUUCUCUUUGCAUGUUAAAAGUUAGGCUUAACAUGAAGGUUACUUUCUCCUGGUAUAGAUCACAUAACAAUGCCCCCAGCGGUCAGCUAUAAAGGAUCAAAAGAACUUGUAACCUGGAUAGUUCCCAGAUUUCAGUGUUUUUCUGUUUUUGUUAACUUUGGGGUUUUAAAAAAAUCCAAUUGGUUUUUAGUGAAGGCAAGAUUUUUACUAUAGCUCUUUUGUUGCAAAGAAUUGUUUUGUUCUUUCCUCCCAACGUGGUUUCAGCAAAGUUUAAGGAGAUAUAAGAUCUUCAAGAUAAGACACUUGAUACUUGUUUUCAGACCAGUAUACAAGAUAAGCUUCCUGGCUGCCCAGAGCAAAGAGAGGAAAAAGUUCUGUAAGAAACCAAUCAAGAUCAAGGAAGUGAAGUAAUCCAUACCUUGUGUUUUGUUUUUAUUCAAUAACAACGAAUAACCAACCCUUCCCUGAAAACCUUACAUGCAUCCAUACACACAUGUACACACACAAAGAAAGUUAAUCAACUGAAAGUGUUUCCUUCAUUUCUGAUAUAGAAUUUUGAUUUUAACACACAUAAAGAAUAAACUUUUAGAAACUUAUCUUACAAAAUGUAUUUUAUAAAAUUAAGGAAAAUAAAAUUAAGAAUGUUCUCAAUCAAA